AACGAGGAGUAUUCUGGGAAGCGUGCGCUAUAUUCGUUUGCGCCGUCCGGAGAUCGUCCUUUUUCUUUUCCCGUUUUUGAUUUUGGUCCUUCGAGCCGUAUAUUUUUGCGGAGGGUGAAGUGAUUUUUUGACUAUGUUAGAAUGUACCUGUGUUUAGUGUGUCUGAAUGAAUAGGCGGGUGUCGUGAAAGUGCAAUAUUUUUUUUGUCGGUAAAAGUUAGUGCUCGCAAAUGGAUUACCUUCUUUGGCACGUUCUUGCAAUGACGAAGUUUAACUAAAAAUUGAUUUGAAGUUUAAAGUCCUGAUCGACGAAAAUGCACACUCCCGAAGGAACGCUAGAAAGGGGGGUGGCACCCCCGAAUUCCGCGCCUGCUGUUGUAAUCAAAAUGGAGGGAAACAAUGAUCAAGUUCUGAUACCUCAUGUGAUGUCGUUACCGGGACAAGAUGAAUGUGAUAAUAUUAUGGCAGAAAGCUUGGGACGGAUAGACGAACUCGGCAAUCUUCAAAAACUGGCUGAAUCCAGCGUGGUCAACGUACCCGGUGCCAUACAGGACAGUUCUCCAGAUACGCCUCAGCCCAACGUUUACGACCUGAAACAGGGCUGGAUAAAUGGCAUUUUUGGCUGUCUCAGGCCUGUAUUGGGCAUUAUUGGCAAGACUGUCGUCGACACUAGACCGGGACAAGAUGAUUGGGAGAUACCAUUCGAAAAAAUCACGGAUCUUCAAUUCAUCAGCUCCGGUGGCCAGGGAGCCGUUUUUUCUGGAUACCUAAACAACGAUCUUGUGGCCAUCAAAAAAGUGUCCGAACUCAAAGACACCGACAUUGCGAACCUGCGGAAACUCAACCAUCCAAACAUAGUCAAAUUUCAAGGCGUUUGCACUCAAGAACCGUGUUUUUGCAUUGUAAUGGAAUUUUGUCCUUACGGUUCCCUCUUCAAUCUGCUCAAAAACCAGAAAAACGUGGUGACCAUCAACCGAGUGGUCACGUGGGCCAAGCAAAUAGCUAGUGGUAUGCACUAUUUGCACGUGCACAAAAUCAUCCAUAGGGAUUUAAAGUCACCAAACGUACUUAUUGGUGACGACGAAAUAAUCAAAAUCAGUGAUUUCGGCACUUCGAAAACCUGGAAUGGGGUGAGCGAAAAAAUGACUUUUGCCGGCACCGUGGCCUGGAUGGCACCGGAAGCUAUACAAGAAGUUGCUUGUAGUGAAAAAGUGGAUAUUUGGUCUUUUGGAGUGGUAUUGUGGGAAUUGUUAACUUGCGAAGUACCUUAUGAUGGAAUGGAACAAAGUGCAAUAAUGUAUUCGGUGGGAUGUGGCAAAUUGAAACCUCCGAUUCCCAGCACUUGCCCUGACGGUUUCAAGCUGAUCCUGCAAAUGUGCUGGAAACAAAACCCCAAAGAACGACCGAGUUUCAAGCUGAUCUGCAAUCAUUUAGAAAUAGCGGCCGUUGAAAUAAUGACGAAAUUCAAAGACGAUCAAUUUUUCAAGACUCAAGAAUCGUGGAAAGCGGAAAUCAAAAGCCAAAUCACACAGUUUGUGGAGCAGAUGAAGCAACAUAAAAUCGAGUAUCAUUUGAAAGAGGAACAACUGAUCAAACGGCGAGAGAUGGAACUCAAACAUAUAUUGGACAUUAGGGAAUUGUUAGACCGAAAACUAGAAAUGAUUCAUCAAGUUCACGCUGAACUAACUGGCAUGGUGCACAGAGAGAGAGCCAAAAUGUCUGAAGUAUUUAAUUUGGAAAGAAAAGGGGACAGACGAAGACGUUUUUUGAAUUGGAAAAAGGAUAGAAGGCCUCGGACGAGCAAUAAUCAAAGUACUACUCCCACAAGUCCAGAUUGUAGCCUGACAAGUCCUGAAAGUUCCCAUUGCGCUAUUGCCAAAGCGUCUUUGUAUACAACUAUAAAUCCUGCCACAGAAACUAUUACUACUCAAACAUCGACCGGUUCCUACAGAAAGCGGCAUCAUAGGAACAACUCUGGAUCACCAAGGAGUUCAGGGUUUGGUUCUAGAGCUUCUAGCUGUAGGGCAUCAGUAGUUGUAGAUGCUGAAACUCAAACAGAUUGUAUGGAUUUGAGCGAAAACGAUUUGAGUAGCCCGACAAUAAGUUGCAACAACACUUUUGUGCCUCACAAUACUGCUUUGCCAACUGUCUACCCUCAAAGAGUAAUUUUGCAAGAAUUUAGAAGUGUGACUGACGAUGAAGGCCAAAACGGCAACAGUGUGCAAUUGCAUUAUUUGAUGCAGCACUCACAACCCAGUAUUCCAGUGUUCACAAAAUUAGACUCGAGAGGCACUAGUCCGAUAAUAUUCGACAGGGUAGAGGAUACGGUGAAUCGAAACUUGAACCCACUGGAGGUAUCCAGCGAAGAAAAUCUAGAGGCCAUCAGCAGGAAAGUGUCAGCUAUUGCCAUCUACAGCCCAGAAAAUGGUAAUAUCGCCGAAAAUUUGGAGGAGAUUAUUCGGAAACGGACGAGAUCCGAAACUAGGGAAGUGCUGGAUAGGGACAGCACUGAAGAUGCGGCUAAUGAGGAUAGUUUUACGGACGAAGAGGGGGAAAUUUAUAACCAAUCUUUGAAGAGAAGAAGCAACCCUGCAAAGGAAAAUGUAAAACAGAGUUUGGCUCGUAGACCAAUCUACCCAGGACGUCGCUCCAAACGCUACAGCGCAAUCUACCGAUACGAUCAACGCGAAAUGCCUUCGGACGAAGGAAACACCUCAGAAUACUCAGUUUCGCCCUCCAGCAAAUCUUCGACGCUCGAAUCGAAUCCUGGCGAUCGUUCCCGCACGUCUCCAAUCAUCCCCCGAGUCCAUACCGAAGGUAUCAGAACGUCCUCGAAACGACCGAAUUCGGAUACUUCUGAUUCGGACUCGGACGAGAACACAAUGGAGACUGUAGUGACUCAGAUUCGGUUCUGAUUCGCUUUUUGAGAAUUUUUUUUAGCGAGCCUUUAGGAGAUUUAGUGUGAUCGUUAAAAGCAUGGAUGUGAUUUUUUUUUUCGUAGUGUAGCUUAUUUUGUUAAGUUUUUUUUUAAAGUUAAUUUACGUUUACCUACACGUAGUGCUAUAAUAUGCAAUAAGAAUAUUAUGUAUGUAUUAGCAGAAGACAUUCCAUUUUGACUGGUUGAAAUUUAUACCAAAUUUGCUAUUAUUGUAUUGUAUGAAGAUUAUUUUUUUAUAAAUAUUUAAUUAUUAGUGCAAUUUUUUUUUGUAAAUAAUAUGCAAUAUUUGCAUGUAUUUUUAUUGUAGUCUAAAUGAGUGUAUUCUUAAUGCAACUCUGAGAACUGUUUCAGUAUUUAAUUCAAAUUGUUUUUCAUGAAACUCUCGUUUAAACUUAAGCAAAAAGAAUACACUGAAAACAUUGUCAUGACACUUUUUUUUUAGUCUAACACUGAAAGUUUGAAAUAAUAAGACUUGUAACAAUUAAAUUUGGCCAUACUAUACUGAUGUUUUAUAGGCCUGCUGAAAUAUUUAUUUUCCGAAUGUUUUAUUAACUAGAACUUGAAAAACAAAGGCCUUACUAGUAGAGAAUUUGAUUGCUUUUUAUACGUCAAAGAAACUUGAAUGUUACGCCUGAAAGUAGUUAAUUUGAGAUUGAAUAUUUUCAAUUGUAGCAAACACUUGAAGCAGUAAAGAGUCUCUUUUGAUAGAGAAAAACAAUAAUAUAUUCUUAUAAAAAAAAAAUGUAUUCUAAUACAUACAGGAAGAUAGGUAAAAAGAAAUUAUCCUGUCUGUAAAAAUUGUUCUUGUCAAUUCAUUGUUUAGAAAUUUUUUAUCUUGUUCGUCCUAUUGUUUUUAUUUGUGAUUUCUAUCAUUCCGUCUAUACGAAAAGUUUUAAGUUUUAUUUUAUUAAUUUAUUGCCGCAUAUUGGUUAUUAUAUUGUACUUAUUAUUGACAUUCCAUUGUAUCGUUUUUAUAAUAUAUAUGAAACCUGAUUUGUUGUUCUUAGACAUAAUCUUUUUUCUGCUGUAAGAAUAAAUUGUGGCAAAUAUACUUAGUUAAAAUAAAUUUUUUAUUUUAUUUUAUCUGACAUAUUCUAGAAGGAUUUUGGUAUAUA